UCACUCACCUGCAAUGUCAGACAGCCCUGCAAACAGACACGACACGACAACCGCCACACAACAUGAAUAACAGGCAUCCCAUCUUGGCCAUUCCCUCCCCCUCCCCCCUCUCCCUCCCUUCAUUGAAUUGACCGACCAGUGUCCUGUGCGGCCAUGGCGGGCAUCUCCCACCCUCUGGGCGGCUCCCUGUCCACCGGCGGUGGCCGGUCGUCCCAAUAGGCGCUGUGAUACUGACCCCUGGGGGGCGGCUGGGGGCGAAACGGGGAGGCCUUGGCGGGCUGUGUGUAUGUCACUGGCUGCAGCUCGAUGGGAAAAUCAUAGUUGGGGAACGAGGGCCCACUGGGGUUGGUGACGACAACACCGCCCUGGUUGCUAUUGUCGGGUGAGGGGGGCCUGGGCCUUCUCUCGGCCCGUUUGGCCCGACGAGCGGCCAUCUCGUCCUCAGCGAGGGCGCCUCUCAUCAAGGAAAGAAAAGCGUCCAGACUGACAGACAGCACACAUGACAUGCAGAAUGAAGGAAGGACUGAGUGAAUGAGGGAGCGAUGGAGCGAUGGAGCGAUGGAUGGAUGGAUGGAUGUGAACCGCCUCCCUCAAUCUAUCCAUCCAACUCACCUGGGAUUGGCGCCAGGCGAGCGUGUGGUCCGUAGGUUCUCAUACUCAUCCACGAGCCUCUGCGCCACAUCCCAGCCAUCGAACCGUCCAUAAAGCGCCAGACUCUCACCCAACGUCCCCGUUAGCCGCGACCCAUCGCUCGCAGGCAGUGGACCCAUCCCAGUCGACCCUCGGACGACCCGCCGCACCAAGCUCUCCCGGUAGCCCUCAGGCCGGUACUCGUCAAAGAGACCGCCAAGCGCGUCACCCACAUAGCCACCGAUGAGGGCGCCGCGGAAUCGGUCGAGCGCGCGGAGUUCGCGGGCGAUCUCCUCUUCGCUCGGAAACGGAUUUGCCCUGACAGACAGACAGACAGACAGACACCAAGGAACAAAAGACCAAACAACCAAGGUGUCAACAUGACCUUGAACGAAUGCAUUCAUCAGCUGAGUGUGUGCACCUUCCAAUGCGGUCUUGGGGCGAUGACAACGAGUUGAGGCGAUGCACUCGUCCUGUUCUCGAAAAGGGCCGGCGUGCUGACCAUCGCUGCGCCUUCUUGACAGAGGGAAGCUUAACCGGUGUCAGAUAGGCAGCGGGGCAUCUCUGCUCGCCUCUGGUGAUGGUGAGGAUGUCAAGCAGCAGCAUGGACAGGGCCCAUGAGCAGGACGAGAUCUGAUAGAUGGAUGAUGCGCAUGAAUCGAAGAACAACAAUGGGAUGUGCUUCAUGGCGGGCCACUCUCCUCCCUCAACAUUUCAGCCCCAGAUCUCGGCGCGCGGGAG